AUGCGCACUCUGUGGCCUCAAUUACGCACCCACCUCGCAAAGCCUUCACACGAUUUGAACAGCAUCUCACGAGCCAUCACAACAAAAGUAAACCCAACAAUGUUCGGGACAGAGCAAACCAACACCAUGAACCCACAAGACAAACCACAAACGGAGUCAAAUGACAUACCACUACCUCUCCCACCACCUCCAAGUGAGGAGGAAGCCUCCAAGCUGGACAUGUCGAGCGGCGAGGCAACAGUGAAGAUGGAUGCUCUGGGGCCUUUGGUAGUGAACCAAGACGGCACGCUUUCGAGAAUCGAGAAUUGGGGUCAGAUGACGGAUUUGGAGAAGAGGAAUACGUUGAGGAUUUUGGGAAAGAGGAAUCAGGCGAGACAGGAUGCUUUGAAAGCGAAAGGGGAGGAAGAGAAGGCGUGA